CCUUGAUCUGUCUUCAUGGGCGGGUGUGUAGCUGCCUGUAUGGCUGUGUGGGACCGGCUAGAUUGCUAGAUCGAGAUUAGAGGCAGUUAGAAGUUCGAGGCAGGCAGGAUUCACUCACCGCCUCACCGUCUUCCCGCCCUCAGUCCUUGGGUCCGAUAGAAGACGUGAAGACUCGUGGAUAUCCAGCACAGGUUCACGGACCCCCGGGACCCCGAGUCCAACCAACAGCAUGAAGAUCUACGUAGGCAAUUUGGGCGACGACGACCUGAUCACGGCCCAAGACCUCAAGCCCCUGUUUGAGCCGUAUGGCACGGUCACGGAAUGCGAAAAGAUCAAAAACUACGCGUUCGUGCAUGUGGAGGAGGAAUCGGGCGGGGAAAAGGCGGUGCGCGAACUGCACAACACGCCGCUCAAAGGCCGGGAGAUCCGCGUAGAAAAGAGCGAGACGCGCGGACCGCGAAAUCCGUCCCACAAGUUGUUCGUGGGCAAUCUGCCGGCCGGCACCACGGCCCAAGACAUCCGAGACCUCUUCACCGACCACGCCCCCGUCAUCGAAGCCGACGUCAUCAAAAACUAUGCCUUCGUCCACUUGGACGCCGCCCUGGAUGCUGCGCGCGUCACCGACCUCAUCCGACAACUCAACGGCCACCAACUCCAAGGCCACACCAUCCGCGUCCAAAUGUCCGUCUCCGAUUCCAAAGGGGGCGGCGGGGGCGGGGGACGUCGGGAGAGCGGAGUGCGCUCGACGGCCAAAGAGGACUGUUUUCGAUGCGGCGGACGAGGCCAUUGGUCCCGCGAGUGUCCCAGUGACUUUGACAGCCGAUCCGAUCGUCGCAGUGGCGGCCGCGGUCCCCCCCCGCGACGUGACGACCGAUAUGAUGGAGGAGGCCGAAUGCGCGGUGCCGAUCCCUACCGUCCGCGCGAUCGAGCCGAUCCCUACCCGUCCCGAUCCGCCCCUCGUGACCGUUACGAUGAACCUAUGUACCGUCGCGAGUCGGCCUAUUCCGCCCCCGCUCCCCGCGAGCCUUACGAACGACGCAGCUACGGAGGCGGUCCUGAUGAUUAUUACGGUGGUUCUUUGGCCCUCCCACCCCGUCGACCCGAGCCGUUUGGUGAGGCCUAUCCACCCGCGGCGCCCGUACGCUACGGGACCGGUGGGUAUGCUGCCCCGGGCUACGCCUCCGGUCCCAGCCUGGAUCUGGGGCGCUCGGGUGGCUAUGACUCGGGCGCCUCUUCGGGUACGGCCCCGGCCAUGGUGCCCUAUUCACGGCGACCAGCCGUCGCCCCCGCUCCCGCCUUUCCUGGCUCGAUGGGUGGUUAUCCCAGUGCGUCCGGCGUCUCUUACGGUUCGCGCCGAGACGACAUGGGGGGAUCCUAUGGGUCUUACUAAGAACGCUGAAAGCCACCCGUUGUUGAUUUUGUUGUCACUGUUGUCGCCGUUGCCGUCGCCGUUGCCGUCGCCGCCGCUGCCGUGAUGCGAUCGUUGAAGACCCGAACCGCGAACCAAUUGCAUCGCCGUAGUCCUAACCGCGACCGUUGUAGUGACCUCGACGACGUCCUCUGCUGCCACCUUUUGACCCAUCAAUCAUACCAUUAAGAACUUGCUUAUGGCGGCCAUGGCUAUCUCAUUCUUUUUUUUUCACUUCAAAUCGUAACGCGCAUACUGAUUAUAAUGUUGCUCGCUAUUACUACCGUAAAGUGGAUCUCGCAGUCCUAGAAUCAGAGAGGUCACGCUUGACAGCGAAGCGAAUAAAUUCAAUUAAUCUCCA